CCGAGGCGCGAGUCUAUGUAUCGAGCGCGCGCGGACCCGCGCCGGCGCGCGGGUGGGGAACAUCGCGGCCGCCUUCAUGACGGAGGGCACGUGUCUGCGUCGUAGAGGGGGCCCCUAUCGCACCGAGCCCGCCACCGACCUCAGCCGCUGGCGCCUCCGAAAUGAGAGGGGAAGGCAGACGUGGACGUAUUUCCAGGAGGGGGAGGAUCCUGGCCGCGGGCAGACCCGGCUGGAGGCGCACUCCCUGGGACUGGACCCGACCGGUUACUUUAAGGACUUGCCCAAAGCCUGCACAGCCCAUGAAGGGGCUCUGAAUGGGAUGACAUUUUAUGUGGGGCUGCAGGCUGAGGAUGGGCACUGGGCAGGUGAUUAUGGCGGCCCACUCUUCCUCCUGCCAGGUCUCUUGAUCACAUGCUAUGUGGCGCAAAUCCAUCUGCCAGCCGGAUAUAAAGAAGAGAUAGUGCGGUACCUGCGGUCAGUGCAGCUCCCUGAUGGCGGCUGGGGCCUGCACAUGGAGGACAAAUCCACAGUGUUUGGGACUGCACUCAACUAUGUAUCUCUGAGAAUUCUGGGUGUUGGCCCUGACGAUCCUGACUUGGUACGAGCCCGGAACAUUCUUCACAAGAAAGGUGGUGCUGUGGCCAUCCCCUCCUGGGGGAAGUUCUGGUUGGCUGUCCUGAAUGUUUAUAGCUGGGAAGGCCUCAACACUCUGUUCCCAGAGAUGUGGCUGUUUCCUGACUGGGUGCCUGCACAUCCCUCCACACUCUGGUGCCACUGCCGACAGGUCUACCUGCCCAUGAGCUACUGCUACGCCAUCCGGCUGAGCGCUAAGGAGGACCCACUGGUCCAGAGCCUCCGUCACGAGCUCUACGUGGAGGACUAUGCUAGCAUCGACUGGCCGGCGCAGAGGAACAACGUGUGCCCUGAUGAUCUGUACACGCCGCACAGCUGGCUGCUCCGUGUGGUGUACGUGUUACUCAACCUGUACGAGGGCCACCACAGCACCAGCUUGCGGGAGCGGGCCAUCCAGAAGCUAUACGAGCACAUCGUGGCCGAUGACUGCUUCUCCAAGUACAUUAGCAUUGGCCCGAUCUCGAAAACCAUCAACAUGCUUGUGCGCUGGUACGUGGAUGGGCCGGACUCCUCUGCCUUCCAGGAGCACAUCUCCAGGAUUCCUGAUUACCUCUGGCUGGGUCUCGAUGGCAUGAAAAUGCAGGGCACCAACGGCUCACAGGUGUGGGACACCUCAUUUGCCAUCCAGGCUCUGCUAGAGGCGGGGGCACAGCACAGACCCGAGUUUUCGUCUUCCCUGCAGGAGGCACAUGAGUUUCUCCGGAUCUCACAGGUGCUAGACAGCCCCCCUGACUACCAGAAGUACUACCGCCAGAUGAGCAAGGGUGGCUUCCCCUUCAGCACGCUGGAUUGUGGCUGGAUUGUUACUGACUGCACAGCUGAGGCCUUGAAGUCCAUCCUUCUCCUGCAAGAACAGUGUCCCUUUGUCACCAAGCAUGUCGCACGAGAGCAGAUCUAUGAUGCUGUUGCUGUGUUGCUGGACAUGAGAAAUCCUGAUGGAGGGUUUGCCACCUAUGAGACUAAGCGUGGGGGCUACUUGCUGGAGCUGUUGAACCCCUCGGAGGUCUUUGGGGACAUCAUGAUUGACUACACAUAUGUGGAAUGCACCUCAGCUGUGAUGCAGGCACUGAAACUUUUCCAUGAGCGUUUCCCGGACCACAGGGCCAGGGAGAUCCGGGAGACGCUUGAGCAGGGCCUGGAGUUCUGUCGGCAGAAGCAGCGGGCUGACGGCUCCUGGGAAGGCUCCUGGGGAGUUUGCUUCACCUACGGCACCUGGUUUGGGCUGGAAGCUUUCGCCUGCAUGGGGCAGACUUACAGCAGCGGGGCUGUGUGUGCGGCGGUCUCCCAGGCCUGUGACUUCCUGCUAUCCCAGCAGAUGGUGGAUGGGGGCUGGGGGGAAGACUUUGAGUCCUGCGAGCAGCGGCGUUACAUACAGAGUGCCACGUCCCAGAUCCACAACACAUCCUGGGCCUUGAUGGGGCUCAUGGCCGUCAGGCAUCCCUGCAUAGAGGCCCUGGAGAAGGGAGUCCGGUGUCUGCUUAGAAAACAGCUCCCCAAUGGCGACUGGCCCCAGGAGAACAUCCCUGGCGUCUUCAACAAGUCGUGUGUCAUCAACUAUACCAGCUACAGGAACAUCUUCCCCAUCUGGGCCCUUGGCCGCUUCUCCCACCUGUACCCUGAGAGUGCCCUUGCUGGCCGCCCUUGAGGGUGCCUGGCAGGCAGGCAAAAACAAGAAUGUGAACACGGACAAGAAAUGUGCUGGAGGACAACAGCAGAUGCUGCCGAGAGGGCUCCCCUUGUGUGUCAAGUGCUGCGUCCCCAAGUGACAGUAUUUACCAGGACACAGAUUGUUGUAAGUAAAAGGAACCUAUUGUAAACCCAGAGUAAACCACUAAAAAAAAGAAAGGGGGUAUAGCUAGAAAAUUGAUAAAGGGGACAAAAUAAUCCCAAAGGAGACAGGAAGAAAGAACAGACAGGACGAUAGAAAAUGUGAUAAACCUAACUCUUGUGGACUGGAUUGUGUCUCCCAACAUUCAUUUGGAAGAAAAGGACCUAAAUUUGGAUAUGGGGCCUUUCAGAAGAUAAUAAGGUUAAAUGAAGUCACAGGGUGGCUCUGAUCUGAUAGGACUGGUGUCCUAAGAAGAGAUGAGGGGACACACAAGAACGACCACGUGAGGACAGAACUCUGCCCACACCUGAUUCUCAGGUUUUGUGCUUUCAGAACUGUAAGAAAAUAAAUUUCUGUUGUUAAAGCCACCCAGUCUGCUGUUAUGUAGCCCUAGAAAACUGCCGCACCAACCAUUUAAGUAAUUAAAAAAAAAAAUUUUUUUUAAUGUUUUUAUUUAUUUUUGAGACAAUGCAAGAGACAGAGUGCAAGCGGCCGAGGGGCAGACAGAGGGAGACACAGAAUCUGAAGCGGGCUCCAGGCUCCGAGCUGUCAGCCCAGAGCCCGACAUGGGGCUUGAACUCACGAACUGUGAGAUCAUGACCUGAGCCGAAGUCAGACGCUUAACCGACUGAGCCACUCAGGCUCCCCAACCAUUUAAGUAAUUUUACUAAUUGAAGGGCCAAGUGCUCUAGUUAAAAGCAGAAACUGUCACAUUGAAUGAAAAAGCAUGACUCGUGUGUUGUCCGUGAGAAAUUUUAAAUGCAAAAAUACAGGAUAAAAGGACUAGUUUAGAAAACUAUAUGAAAAAACAUUAAUCAUAAGGAAAAGUACUAUAUUAAUAUAAGGUAGGUUUCAGGAAAAGGAAUGGUACUAGAAGCAAAGAGUCAUUUAAUAACAGUAAUGCGUAUGCCCUAAUAACAGAGCUUCAGAAUAUGAAAAACAAAAAUGGGCAGAGGGAGAGGGAAUUCGAUAAAGUGGGAGAUUUCAACAUUGUCUCAGCAGGAACAAUCUUGAGUAGACAAAAUCUUGAGCCAACUUGAAGUGAUGGACAUUUAUGGAACACUUCACCUAACAUUCUUUUUCAAGAGCUUAUGAACCAUCAUUCACUAAUACCACAUGCAGGGUGAGGAAAUUUGAAAGGAUUGAAGCCAUACAGUGUAUUCUCCAACUGUAAUGGAAUGAAAUUAAAAAUCAGUGACAAAAAGAAUACUUGGCAGGGGAGCUACCAUUGCACUCCGAAUGUGCUGACCCCUGCGAUUUCCCCAAAUGUAGGAAACUUGACUGCAUAAUUUGUGAUGGGGGAAAAAAAGAGAAAAUCCCAAAUAUCUGGAAAUUAAGCAAUAUACUUCUAAAUAACCAAUGAUCAAUAAAUGAAAGUACAAGGGAAAUAAAAUAUUUCAAGCUAAGUGAAAAAAAUGACAUCAAAAUUUGUGGGAUGUAUCUAAAGCAGUGGUCAUAGAAAUGGUUACAGGCUGAAAUAUUAACACUAUAUAAGGUUUCAAAUCUGUGAUUUAAAUGUCCACCUUAAGAAUUUUAAAACCAGGGGCACCUGGGUGGCUCAGUCGGUUAAGCGUCCGACUUUGGCUCAGGUCAUGAUCUCACAGUUCAUGGGUUUGAGCCCUGCGUCAGACUCUGUCUUGACAGCUCAGAGCCUGGAGCAUGCUUCAAGAUUCUGUGUUUCCCUCU